UGAAAUUUGAAUCAUUAUCGAAAAUUUCCAAUUUGUUGACGUUUCGACUUUCGAUUAUACAAUUGCAACCAUCAAUGGCGCCCACCCAUUCCACUUUAGGUUUUCCCCUCUCCCCGAUUUCCCUCCCUUUCCGUUUUCAUACCACAAAUUAGCCGCCCCUUUUGCUAUUUUGUCCGAAUUCAUUUUCUCAGAAACUCUGUUUUCUCUGAAAUAUCUGCUGCUUUUGACUGUUUCUGUUGGCGUCGAGAUUUUAAUGGAUAGAUAGAUAGAUAGAUACAAAUAUCGAUGCAGUGGUUUUUGUAUUUAUAUACACACGUAUACAUAUAGUGAUACAGACACACUUUGUGCUUGAUAAAUAUCUGAAUUCGGCACACUCUGGGCUAGAGAGUGGGAGAGAUGACCUGGAGAAGAGUGGGGAAGUCGCUGCAGGGAGUGACAGCGCACACUCUGCUUUUCUUCUUCACGGUGCUGCUUGUUCUUAAGAUCGAUCACACCGUUUCCUACUCUUGGUGGGUUAUUUUCUUUCCAUUGUGGCUAUUUCAUGCAGUUGUUGCACGAGGAAGAUUUUCUCUUCCUGCGCCAUCAGUUCCUCAUGAUCGCCAUUGGGCCCCAUGCCAUGCUGUGGUUGCUGUGCCAUUGCUCGUUGCUUUCGAACUGCUGCUUUGUAUAUAUCUCGAGAGUGUAUAUGUUAAUCAUUCUUCUGCUUUGCACCUUAAAAUUGUCUUCCUUCCUUUGCUGGCAUUUGAGGUUAUCAUCCUUAUUGACAAUUUCAGAAUGUGCAAGGCUUUAUUACCAGGAGAUGAUGAAAGCAUGAGUGAUGAUGCAAUAUGGGAAACACUUCCUCAUUUCUGGGUAGCAAUAUCAAUGGUUUUCUUUGUUGCUGCCACAUUAUUCACCCUCCUGAAGCUAUGUCGUGAUGUCGGUGCUCUUGGCUGGUGGGACCUGUUCAUAAAUUACGGGAUUGCCGAAUGUUUUGCAUUUCUUGUUUGCACAAAAUGGUCAAAUCCAGUAAUUCAUAGAAACUCGCAAACAAGAGAAGAAAGCUCGUCUUCUAGUGCUAUACGAUAUCUGGACUGGAAUAGUGGUUUGGUGGUAUCAUCUGAUGAUCAUUUGCAGGAUAGAAUUUGUGGCCUGCAAGACAUUGGUGGUCACUUAAUGAAAAUUCCAAUUAUUGUUUUUCAAGUCCUCCUCUGCAUGAAGCUGGAGGGAACUCCACCAGAUGCUAAGAACAUUCCUCUUCCAGUUGUCUUCUCUCCCAUCUUUCUGUUGCAAGGAGUUGCUGUCUUGUUUGCCAUAUUCAGAUUAGUAGAGAAAGUUGUUUUCUUGUUACAAAGUGAGGCUGCUGGAGGAAGAUAUCUUGUAUACUCUUCAAGAAUUCGUGACCUGUUUGGUUUCCUGCAUCAUGGCUCCAGGCUGCUUGGGUGGUGGUCCAUUGAUGAAACAAGCAGAGAAGAGCAGGCCCGCCUAUUCCACGAUGGGGCCUCAGGAUACAACACUUUCUCUGGUUAUCCACCUGAAAUAGUGAAGAAAAUGCCAAAGAGGGACCUUGCCGAGGAGGUUUGGAGACUUCAAGCAGCACUUGGUGAGCAAACAGAAAUUACGAAAUUCAGCCAGCAGGAGUAUGAGAGACUUCAACAUGAAAAAAUUCUGUGUAGAGUUUGCUUCGAGGGAGAGAUUUGCAUUGUGCUCCUUCCUUGCAGGCAUCGCAUUUUGUGCAGCUCUUGCUCCGACAAAUGUAGGAAAUGCCCAAUUUGCCGAGUGUCUAUAGAGGAGCGCUUGCCUGUAUAUGAUGUAUAGCCUAGGUUGAUUUCCCACCUCGCCUCAUCUUCCGGGACUCUUCAUUUUUAACAGUAGACACCUAGAUGGAUGAAGUAAAGGUAGGUUUCUUCCAAAAUACUACUACAACAAUAUGAGGUCGGUUAAUUGUUAUUGCUAGACUUCAACAACUAACUGGAGUUAGAGAUUAACUGUUUCUGUGCUUUGCUUUUUGCCUGUAUAUACUUACAAGCUGUUCAAAGUUGGGGUAAAUGUGUAAUAUAAUGUUUUGCUCCUUUUGUUA